GAUAGCAGAAGAAAACUGUAAAGUUGUGUCAAUGAGAGAUAAAGGAAAGGCAUGAGCUUUGCACCAAACUUUGACGGCCAAAAUAAAUGCAGAAGAAAACACUAAACCCCUUUUCUUUAAAAUAGGCUUUUGGAGAAGAAAACAGCACCAUUUUUUAGCAAGUAUAUCUUCUGUGCAUAAUAAUGGCUGAGUUGUACACUGUGAAGGUGGAGGAGGCAAGGUUGGAAACUGAUAAAAAACCUUCAGCAGGUCCUGUCUACAGGUGCAUCUAUGCCAGAGAUGGUUUGAUGGAGCUGCCUUCUCAUUUUGAAUCUCCAUCGGACUUCUUCAGGGACACGACCAAGAGGUGUCCCAGCAACCCUAUGCUGGGUCGGCGUCAAAAAACGGAUUUGAAGGCUGGUCCCUAUGAAUGGAUGACAUAUCAGGAGGCUUAUGAUGCUUCCAUUCGAAUUGGUUCAGCCAUGAAGAGCCGUGGUGUCAAUCCUGGAGACCGAUGUGGCAUAUAUGGGUCUAACUGCCCUGAAUGGAUCCUUGCAAUGGAGGCUUGCAAUAGCUACGCAGUAACAUAUGUUCCAUUAUAUGACACCCUGGGUCCCAAUGCUGUGGAGUUUAUCAUAAACCAUGCUGAAGUUUCGAUGGCAUUUGUACAGGAUAGCAAGAUUCCUUCUGUUUUGUCAUGCCUUGGUCGCUGUUCAAAUCUUAAAACUAUUGUGUGUUUCGGUAAUGUUCUAACUGGACAAAAGAAGGAAGCUGAGGAGCUUGGCGUAUCUUGCUUCUCGUGGGAAGAGUUUCUUAAGUUGGGAGAUCUGGAUUCAGACAUACCACUGAAAAAGAAGACUGACAUAUGCACAAUCAUGUAUACAAGUGGAACAACGGGUGAACCCAAAGGUGUCAUUAUUAAGAAUGAGGCUUUCAUGGCUCAAGUGUUGUCUAUUGACCAAAUGCUUGAAUUAACUGACAAAGCGGGGACAGAAGACGAUGUGUACUUCUCUUUCCUUCCUCUUGCUCAUGUAUAUGACCAGAUAAUGGAGACCUAUUGGGUUUAUAGGGGUUCUUCAAUUGGAUUUUGGCAAGGAGAUGUCAGGUUCUUAAUGGAAGAUGUUCAGGUGCUGAAACCAACAAUAUUUUGUGGUGUCCCUAGAAUUUAUGACCGUGUUUAUGCUAGCAUCAAAAGCAAAAUUUCAUCUACAGGAGCACUGCGAAGUACAUUGUUUCAAUAUGCAUAUAGCUACAAGUUGGGAUAUAUGGAGAAGGGUCUUCCCCAAGACAAAGCAGCACCUUUGUUUGAUAAGCUUGUGUUUGAUAAGAUAAAACAAGCAUUAGGUGGACGCGUUCGUCUUCUGUUAUCGGGAGCUGCUCCUUUGGCCAGGCACGUGGAGGAGUUUUUCAGGGUUACUUUUGGAGCUACUAUGCUGCAAGGAUAUGGUAGUUGAAUCUUUUGCUAAAACGUACUGGUGGAUUGUUUUACGCCAUUUUAAUGACAACUGUUCAAUACAAUAUUUUAAGAAAUGGUUCAGUUAUGUUAAUCUGUUGCACAAUUUUGGCAUGUUUUUCUUUUUUGGUUCUUAAAUGCAUUCUAUAGCAGUUUU